AUGGCUGAGCUUCAGAAUGUGCCUCCGCCGGCUGCUGGAAACCAUCCGGGAAUCAGAGUGACCAGAGCUCGUCGCAUCAGGAACUCGAGUCAAGGCUUCACGAGGAUGGCUGGAGUUGAGCGCGAGAACGACAACGCCCCUUUCCUGACCAUGGACGCUCUUAUGCUGCUGCUGGAAGACUUCCGGGACCUGUUGGAGAGGCAGGUCCGCUUCACCAUAAAGCUCGUGGUGCAAGCGAGGUUCUCAAAGACAGUGGCGGUGGACGGAGUGGAGCGUCCAGAGGUGCAAGAGAUCCGCGUGGCGCUGCCGCCAGCUCCGUGCAUGCCGCUGGCCGACCCUGCCGAGAGGUUUCGCAGGUUCUUGAGCCAGGCGCAGUCUACGUACGAGCACUACGUGGAGGAGACCAAUCGCAACACCAGCAGCGGGUGGAGCUUUGUUGGCAUGCUGUGGAUCAACAUCCUCACGAGCCCCAGCGAGCUCACGGCCAACGCCCCCUUCCCCGCAGGCAUUGCAGGCGUCGGCGGCUGCUGGAAGGAACUGCCUCCGCACCUUCAUAAAGGCGAUCAAGGCCUUUUCAACCCCAAGAAUAUGGACCACAGAUGCUUCGAGUACUGUGUGAGGGCCUACUUUCACGAGGUCGGGAAGAUGGGCAAACAUGAACGCUUUACGGCAGCCAAUUUGAAGGGUCGUCCCUUCUACGCUCAACCAGCAAAACCUGGUCCGAAGGGGUCCGCGCCUGACGAGCGCAAGAUGGUCCCCGUGGAUGCCGACUUCAGCACGCUUCCCGAGGGUCACGUGGGCUUUGGCGACAUCGACCUUUUCGAAGCCGUCAACCCCCACAUUGGCAUCUACGUCUUCAAGCCGGUCAGCACGGAGUGGUCGGCAACGGCUCCUCAGACGAUGAAGCCGCUCAGGAGUCCCUCCGUUGAGAAGCCAGAGCACGAGAUCGUCCUCCUGCUCCACCUCGACCACUACGUCCUGAUCUAUGACUUCAGCAAGGCUUCCAGUCUGCGCAGCGCCGAGCUGCCCCAAGAGUGCCGUCGUGACAACACCUGCCACUGGAACUCUUGUCACCGCUGCCACAACAAUUUCAAAUCGACUGAGAGUUUGAAGGCGCACCUGAAGUCGGGGCUCUGCAAUGCUAGCGUGGAAGACCGCUUGCGAAGUCAGAGGAUCAGGCUCCCCACGAACGUUGAGGAAGAGCGCCUCUUCUACAAGCCCGGUCCCUCUGCAGAGUGGGCGGAGCUGGUCAUCUACUCCGACAUAGAGGUCUUCAACGACAGGGCGCAGGAGACGCUGGACAACAAUAGGGUCAAGGCCUUGCAGCACGAGACGGCCUCCACAUGCUACACCGCAGUGGGUCGCUGCGGCUACGAGGUCCCGCAGCAGCACAAGAUCCAUUUGGACUUAUGUCGCGCGGACGACGCGCCCUUCGCCGUCAUGGAGCGCUACCUCAGGCGGCUCCUGGAUCUGGCCUUCGACUACCUGAACUGGCAGAAACUAAACAUUCCGUACGACCUCACAGCGACGCAGCAGGCUGACUUCGACGCCGCCGUCGUCUGCUCCCUCUGCGACCUACCCUUCACCUCGGACCAGAGCAGGCAGAAGGUAGUGCACCAUCGGCGCGGGACGGGCGAGUAUCUAGGCGCCCUCUGCAACACCUGCAACCUCGCCGUAAGACGCCAGAAAACGGUGCCGGUGUACUUCCACAAUGGUGGUGGAUACGAUUUCCAUUUCUUGGUCCGAGCCAUAGCCCAGCUUCACCGCUACGGGAGUGCGGCCGCCAUACCCUCCUACGACGAAGACGAUCAAGUCGUUGAGCAGGAGUUCCAAGAGCCGGCGGAGGACGACGCGACCUUGCAAGACGACCAGGUCCCCGAUUUGCACACGCCGGGUUACGAGCCAAUGCUGGGUGAGCACCUGGACCUCAAGAAGCCCCACUGCGAGGUCAUGAUCAAGUCCGGCGAGAAGUACCUGCAGAUACGCUACGGACCCCUGGUAUUCUUGGACAGCUUCAACAUCUUCCCUUCAGCGCUGGACGUUCUGAUAGACGACCUGCGGAGCACUCACAAGGAGGAGCCAUGGCUGUCCUUUCCGCUUCUUGCCGAGCGCCACCCCUGGCUCCAGAACCGAGACAAGAGGGUGUGGGACCUUCUUCUCAAGAAGAUCCCCAUGCCGUUUGAAAGCUUUGCGGGGCCCGAGGCUUGGACCGAAGAAGCCGUGCGGUCGCAGAAGUGCUACGACAGCAGCUUGAAGGGCAAGCGCUCCGACGAGAAGUACGGGGAGAUUCAGGAGAUCCAGGAGCAUUUCCAGUUCCCGAACUUCGCCUCCUUCCAUAACUGCUACUUGCACACGGACAUGGCCAUUGCCGACGUGGUGGAGGCGUACAGGGACACCUUCCACCAGAACUUCGGCAUCGAUCCGGUCCGAUAUGUCACCUUGGCAAGCGCCGCCUGGGACGCGAUGAUGAAGCGCUGCGCCCCUCGCAGAAACCCCCUGCAGCUCAUCACCAACCGGAAAAUCUACGACCUGGUCAAGAGCAGCAUGCGCGGAGGACUCAGCAACGCGUUCCAGCCGUACGCCAAGGCCAACAACUGCUCUGUCGUCGACUACGACGACUGCCUUCCAGUGAGCUGGGUGUCAAAGUUCGACGUGAACUCGCAGUACCCGACCGUCAUGGACAACCCCCUGCCCUGCGACGGCGGCUACCUUUUGGAUCUCCCCUCCGAGCGCAAGGCCCGCAUGAAGCUGUUCUGCCACUGCCUGCGCGAGUCGGACUUCAGGCAGAAGGACUUCGAUCGCAGCUACUUGGUGGAGGUCGACUACUACCUGCCCCUAGACCAGCACGACCGCGUCGACUGGGCGCCCAUCACCAGGAUGAGCGUCGGCACGUCCGGGAUGAGCGAAUAUCAGCUCGAGCUCUUGGCCAAGAAAGGGCUGGACAAGGCGCCCAAGAACGAGAAGCUCAUGCCCUAUCUAGGCUAUCACCGUCGCGAAGUCAUACAGCUGCGACUGCUGCGCUUCUACAUGGAGGUCCUCGGCGUCAGAGUCGAAGAGGUCUACAGCAUCGUGCUCUUCGGCUGCAGGGCGUUCAUGAGCCCCUUCAUCCGAGAGUGCUACGAGCGCAGGCUCGAGUUCAAGCGGCAAGGGCGAAAGCUCCAAGCCGACGUGGUGAAACUCACCAUGAACGUGCAAUACGGGAAAAGCGUCCAAAACCAGGAGCGCUUUGUUCGGUCGUGGGUCUGCUUCGACGUCGAGGAGUUUGGGCGAAGAAGCGCAGGACCCCGCAUGGUGGACCUGCACGCCAGCCCCAUUGGUCACGGCGGCUUCUUCGGCAUCGUGGAUGAGCUCACCCCCGGCGGUUCGCUCCUCAAGACCGUGCCGCAAGUGGGAACCUUCGUGCUGGACGAGGCGAGGCUUGGCAUCAUGCGAAACUAUUACCACAUGAAGCUGGUCUUCGACGGGCGCCUGGUCAAAGCCUGUGACGAGGCGAGGCCACAGAGCGAGAGGUCGAAGGUGCAGAUCAUCUACACCGACACGGACAGCGUCAUCGUGUUGAUCCACAGCGAGACGCACCCUUCCUACCAGCUGGCCCUGGAGAACUACAACCCCGAGUCGCCGUGCUUCUGGGACAUCCUGGGCGACAUCAAGGACUACGAGAAGGCGAUGGCGUACCUGCAGAGCAUUGGCGUCGACCCUGACUCGGCCCAGCUCGCUUUCGAGCGGCGCGGCUGCUUGGGCGGUUUCGGCGACGAGAAUGCACCCCUCACCAUGAUGGAGGUGGUCUGCUUGGGGCCUAAGUCCUACAGCGAGCUGCUCACAGACGGCGGGGGCCAGUUGCACCACAAGAACAAGAUCAAAGGCAUCGACAAGGAGAACCGGAAGACCCUGACCCACGACGAGUACAGGGAGGUCUUGACCAAGACCGGGCUGGGCAGGAGCAUAACGUCCCACCGCUUCGAGAGCAGACGGCACGUGGUGCAUCUGGUCGAGAACGUCAAGACCGGCCUGUGCGCCUUCGAAGACAAGAACUACAAGCUCCGCUACGACAGGUCCAGGCCCCACGGUCACUGGCGAAACUUGCCGGAGCCGCUGCCCUACUUCUUCGACAAGCUUCUCUACGGCAAGGAGGGCCAGAACAUCAUCGACAAGAUUAUGAGCUUUCUGAGGCCCCGCGGCUACGUGAAGAUGGACUUCAAGGACGAUCGGUGGAUUGCACAGUUGCGAGGACUCAGUUCCCUUGGCUAG